AUGUGUCAACAGGAGAAGGAUGUACUAGGACAGCUUGGCAUUGUGGUGCAUGAAAUUGGCCACGCGUUGGGAUUUUAUCACGAGCAGAGCCGCCCAGAGCGAGAUGAUCACGUGUACAUCAACACCGACAACAUUCUGGGAAACUAUCGCUCUAACUUCGACAUCGUACAUGCCAUUGAAAACUACAGCGUAGCUUACGAUUUGAGCUCUGUGAUGCACUACAGAUCGAAGGCUUUCUCAGCUAAAGGGAAUACGACCAUAGCCACCAAAAACCUGCGGUAUCAAAGUGUUCCCGGGCAGCGGGACGGGUUGAGUCACAGGGAUAUUCUCGCCAACAUGAUCUAUGGCUGUACUGAUACGUGGCUGAAAAACUGUAAUCGUUCCUCCGAAAUUUGCCAGAACGAAGGCUUUACGGGAAGGGACUGCAAGUGUGUGUGUCGCUCGGGAACCUCCAGCCCAAACUGCGCCAAAGUUACGUUCGACUACUAUAAUAACCUUCUGCAGGAAUACACAGAGGUCGUCACGAAUGGGACAGUCAUUACGUCGCCAAAUUAUCCAAGCGAGUAUGAGAGAAGUAAAUAGACUAAUUCAACG